AUGUCCUCAUGUUCUAGAUGUUCAUCCCUAGCGACCAAAUCGCGUUCAGCUUCAUUCCAGGUUCCUAAAACUGGCAACGCCCGAACAUCUCCAGACAGCUAUAAAUCCAUGCCGAACAUCUUCACGAACCGUCCCGAGCAUCACCGCGCAUUCGUUUUGUCGUUCUUUACUGUCAAGGCGAUGUUCCUUACACUUAACACGACCUACCCGAACAACAAGUACGAAGGAUGUUUCGAAGACGCAGUGGGCGGGACCGGAGCACGACUCCUCGAUGGUCCGUCCUUCAACGGCAGCUCGAGCUUGACUCAGCAGAGCUGUAAAUCGUUCUGUACCAGGAAAUCGACAGCCGCACCCGCUGCGCCAUACAGAUACUUCGGAACGGAGAAUGGCCAAGACUGCCGCUGUGGUAACAGCUACAAGCACUCCAGGGCGACCAAGACAUGCAGGACUGCUUGCAAGGGUAACAACAAGCAGGCAUGCGGUGGCACCAAUGCUAUCAACGUCUGGGUUAACCAAGACUUUGUGGCCGGAGGAACCAGCACACUAGCUACCUUGACACGGAGACCUGAAUCUGUCCAGUCAUCACGGCUCACGACCAUCUCCAUCUAUAAACUCCCUCGUCCAACAUCAACUAAGAAGCCUUCCGUGAACAGCUACCCUACCCAGGGCGCUGGAGAAAACCGCCCACCCAUGUGGGUAGGUGACGGUGUCGACGAGCCGUACUUCCCAGAUGACUCGAAGUACUGGGAGGGCCAGGAGCCAGCGCCUGCUGACAAGCCCAAGCCGACAUCUGGAACCAAACCGAGGCCAGGGAACGCUGGAUAUCCUGCUAACAGCAAGCCAAGCCCUAAGCCCGCUAGUGGUUACAAGGCCACAAAGCCAUCGGGAUAUCCUGCCACUCCAGCCAAAAGAUGGCUCAGCAGGUUUAACUUGUGGUGA